AUCUGCGUCGUUCGACCAUUCGGUUCAAGCUGUGUGUCGUCCGGUCCGAACGAAUUGAAUCGACCUUAGUUCCGAGUACAUUUCAUAUUCAGAGUUUGAAUUCAUACCUCUGAUUACUGUUGUUAUUUGCAUAAAUUAAUAAUACAUUCAAAAAAAUUUCCGAUUGGAUUACAUUGAACACUGUUCAAGUUCAUUUGGUUGUUCAUGUCUCGGGUUAUUUGAUCGUGUCUCCGCGCUCGGCGUUUUGACAAGUGCUCGUUUAUUUGGCCAGCCAUUUUGUAUUCACGAAGAACUGUGACAGACAGAAAGUACGCGGAAAAAUCAUUUUCUUGUUUAUUAUUCAUUGUUAUGGUGGAAUAGUGAAUAAGAACUUGUGUAAGAUACUGUUUUUACCGUUGAGAAUUGGACUGAUAUUAGUUUUAUGCCAGAUUAUCGGACCUGACGCCAACUUAAGUGUUUCAAGUGUGGGAUGCAAUCUAACGCGUCUUUAUGGAGAAAUUUUAGAGAAUUCACCUUUUAUUGGAAGAAUCUAUUCUUAAAUUGUGUUUGAGUGGACAAUGCACGUAAAUCAUGGCUACAAAGUUAGAACCUGAUUACCCGUUAUCUUCCACAAACAAUGAUUCAGAUGGGGAAGAACAUCAAGAUUCAAUAGAAGAUCCCGAUCCUGAUCCAGAAGAGGACGAGGAACCGCCUCCUCAGCCCUCAAAUGUCCAGAGUCUUCUGGCAAGGCUUCAGUCCUCUGGAGCUCUUAUAAAGAAACCUGUUAAACAGCAAUAUCGGUGUUUCACUUGCGAAGAGAACUACCCUGACUGGGAAACGCUAGAGAAUCAUCUGAUUCAGCACGUUUCCCUACCGUCUAUCGUACUCGACAAGCUGCCGUCAGAGGACGAGUAUGCCCCCUCCGGCGACGAGUGGUCCGACGAGGACCAGCCCUCCCCACCACCAAAACAAGAACCCCAGAAAACGCCACAAAAAAUAGAAAUAUCACAACUCCUCAAAAAGACCGGCAUCUCCAUCAAAAAGCCCGGAGAAAACACUUCCAACACCAAUUCUGAAUCCGCAUUAAGCAAACUGAGCGGCCUCGGCUUCACUAUCAAAAAGAACACGACGCCGAUAAAAGAGGAAAAACCAGAUCCUCCAUCUACUAAUGACGUUGUGCAAAAGCUGGGCAGUCUAGGAGGAAUUAAGCUUAAAUUAAAAUCUGAUGGCAACACAAACUCCUUUAAAGUUGUAAACGGCCUUAAAGACUUUAAAACUUCUGAUGACGAAGACCAAGAAAGCGGAAAUGAGGAGGACAACAAAGAUGACGCUAAAGAAUCUGAGGAAGAGCCUGAUGAUCAGGAACAGGAGCCAUCAGGGGAAGAACAAGAGGACGAUAAAAGUCCCCCCGUUAACAACAACGCAGGCAAGCAAAUGACAAUCAACAGUCAGGCUAAUCUUAGAAACAAAAAAGUUAUCAACGUAACCAAAAUAAUUCCGCCUAAAACUGAGGCCGUUACGACUCCAUCUCCUGUCAAAGUUCAGCUCGCCAAACCAGUUAGACCAGCUGUUAAACAGACACCUAAAAGGGGCGCGAAUUUACCCCUCGCGGUAACUUCUGCACCUACCCUAGGGAAAGAUAUAUCUACAACUUCAACCCCUGAGCGGCGGGCCUCGACUGCGAGUCAAUCGAGCGCGGAAAAUGUUACCGUUAAGCAGGAAGUGGAGGAUACGUCAACGGAACAAUCUACGGCUGGAACACCGUUGUUCUCAGGUCAAAUUAAGUCUGAAAGAGCCUCUCCGCCUCCUCCGGGAGGAAAUGCAGCUCCACCGUUUGAAAGCUCUCCUGUUAUCGCUAGAAUCAAAUCCGAACCCGACGCAGGCCCCGCUGCUGUUCACUCCCCAUCCUCGGCGGCGUUCAGUCGAGCAGAAACUCCGCUCCUCCCCGUAACAAAGAAGGAGGAUACCGGCGUAACUGUAAUAGAAAUCAAUGGCGAUUCUGGCGAUGAUGAUGACGACUGUUGUGUAGUGUCAGCCUCGCCGGCUCCUGAUGUUAAACCGCCUUUGAUUCCGAAAACUGAACCGGCGUUACCGCCUUCUUAUCCUCCGCCAGCAUACCAUACUCCACAGUCUAGUUACAGCUCCACACCAGUCCUAGCAUCAACCUUGUCUUCUAUGGCAGGUGGUGCAUCCACUGAAAAACAGCAUUCUUUCAACUGGAACGCACCCGACUCGAAACCGGCAAUCGAUAUGCUUGAAAAAAGUGCAGACGAAAUAUUCGAGAGCCUUCUGUCCAGCGCCACUAAAAAGGAACAUUCUCUGUCGGAUGCUAGCGAAUACAUAUCUUUAGACACCCUAGGUCCCCAGCACUCUUGUGACAUAUGCAAUACUAGAUUUACAAAUAUAUCGCUGCUCGAUGAUCAUAUAAGAAUGACGGGUCAUACGAAAAGUCUCGUCGCACCGACUUCUUCGUUAAUGCCUUAUAAUCCAUCGGGACCGAAUAGUAUUUUAUCACAGUUGCUGCCAGUUAAAUGCUUGGCAGAUCAAGUCGGGAAGCUAUCCGGAAUGAACAGCGGCUCCGGGUUUACGCAUCAGCAGAAUGUCAUGAUCAAUAUUCAGGCUUAUCCCGGAGGAGGGAUGGUGCCACAGGCAGGUUUCAACGCGUAUCCCCCCGGGCAGAACGCUUACCCGCCCGGUUACCAGCAAAUGCCAGGGAACAGCAUGUUCGGGAACGCCUCCGGACCGAUGCCGGGCCAGUAUCCAGGCCAACAUUACACAGGCGGAUACGGUCAGCAGUCAUCAAUGGGCUACCAAUCGCCAAUGUCGAAGGCCGGCUUUUCUCCGGGAAUGCAGCAGAACUCCUACACGACGCCCUCGUCGCCGUACUCUACCGCCUCGCCGCUCCAAAACAUGCAACAGGCGUACGGGCAGCCCGCGCCCGGCAUGAUGAACCCGCCCAUGGGGCAGAUGGGCCCGCCCGGCUCCUCGCCCAGCCACCCCUACCCCGCCUCCAGCCCCGGCGGCAUGAAGCCCCCGACGAGCGCCUCCAGCGGCAUCAGGAUACAGAACGUGCAGACCUUCCCUCCCGGCCAGCUCGCUCCGGGCGCCAGUCCGAACACGCAGAUGCCCGCGCCCGGUCAGAUCAGGAUGGCGGCCGGCGCCAACGUGAGCGGCGCGCGGCCGCGCAUGGCCGUCCGAGGCGCGCGGCCCUCCGUGCGGCCCGGCGUGCAGGUGCACGCGCAGGUGCGCGGCGGCAAGGCCCAAGGCCCGCGCAUGCCCAUGAAGAGGCCCGCCAACAUGGCCGGCGGCCCCGGCCAGAAGCGCCGCCCCGACAUGCUGCUGCCGGGCAAGCACGACAACGAGGACUGCCAGGUCAUGGCGAUGCAGAAGCAGCGCGAGGGCCUCCCGAUGAUCUCGAGCGUGCAGGGAGCCAAAGACAAAUUGAAUCUCGGCAGCCAGAUCUCUAUCACCAAGAAAACUGUCAACAAGGAGGCGAACGCCAUGGCGAACGUGCUGGCGUCGCGAGGCAUCAGUAUCAAACAGAAGCAGAAGAGUCGGUCGCCGACGCCGGAGCGGCCGAUCCCGCACAUCCCGAACUUGGGCGCCGGCGUUAGUAUUAAACACACCUCUAAAUCUAGUAAUUUCUCCAUCCCCGAAGCUACGGUCGGCUCCAACAUGCACACGUGUAAGAUCUGUAGGAAAAUGUUUUCAAAUUCGACCGCCCUGUCGACGCAUAUGGCGGCGGCCCAUCCACAGCGAGGGUUCAAAUGCGACGAGUGCCCCGCCUCUUAUCCUAAGUCAUUACAACUGCAGCACCAUAAGCGAGUGUUCCACAAUGUUACUGGGCCUAAUCGAGAGCUAGGUUUGCCCGUGGUAGACCUGUCUCAAGAGGAGAACUUGCAGCGAUUAAGUAGUUUAGGUAUAUACAGUUUUAUUCCACUAGCGAACCGCGAGCAGGCGAGCGGCUGCUUUGGUAUUCCAGUAAUAGCGGUACACAACGUCAACAAUGGUAUGACGUCGAGCCUGCAGGCGCUCGGGGCCGACGGCCUCCUUAGUUUAGGACCUUUAAAACCCUUACCAAACACGUAAGUUAAGUAGAUAUCUCUUUUAAUUUGUUGGACUUCGUGAAAAUAUGAGUUAUAAUUUUACAAGGCAACUUUUUUUAUUACAUUUAUUAUUGAUCGAAUGAUUUUUAUAUCGUAAAUAGUUGUUGUUUUAUGAAUUACGUAACGUGUUGUAAUUAUAGCUAUAUUGAAAUUACAAUAAAUUAUGAUUUGUUACAUAUGAAGACAAAACAUUUACGAUUUAUUAAUCCUUUGUAUAGUGCAUUUUUUCUUGCAAACAUUGAUGAUUAUUCAUUGAUAUACAACAUACAAAUGUUAUACCAACUAAAAAAAACAGUUAAAAAAUAUUGAUUAUAGCACGAUCGCGUUUGAAUCCGACAUAAUGCAUUCGUCCGUUUCUAGAUGGUAGGUGCGAAAGAGACAGAGGGUUUAUGUCUCCAUAGCAUAGCGUAGUCAUCUUUCUAUCAUUCUUCCAUAUUAGUGCUACAGUGACAGUUGCGUUUCGUUCCCUACGGAACGUUAACGAUUGCCAUGUUGGCUCCGCACCCAGAUUUACGCAAUCGUGUUAUCAGUACGGGGUUAAAGUGGACUCGUAGAAUUGUUACUCGUAUUUUGUUGCAAUCAAAGAUUCAUUGUUUUUUAUUAGAUCUGUAAAGUCUACAUAGAAGAUACUUUCGUACUUCUGAUUGUGUAGAUGGCGCCGGUACAUAUGUUAUAACUCCGGUUGGCAUAAGUUUGAUGUUUGACAAUUCAGUGACCACAACAUGGCGCUGUCCGCGCAUUUUAGACCUGUUAUACUCUGGGAUACGUUUUUCUUAAGCGAUGUUUAGACUUGCAAGAACUUGGAUGCAAUUUUCAUUACGUUGCGUUAUCUAUUUAAACUUUUGAAUACAGUUUACCUUAGUAGUCAGCAAUGUAACUUAAAUUGCAUGCAAGUUCUUGCUAGUCUACGCCUAGCUUUAGACUUUACAUAUCUUAUACAAUUAAUGAAUGUUGUAAUGAAGUCAUUGUGUAAAUGUGACUUAAGUCGGAAUCUUUCACUAGACUUUGUUAUUGUAAGUUUAGACUUGUUAAAAUUGUCAGUAUUCGACCUUUCAGUUGGCUCAAAGCAUUAAAAUUUAGGUAUCACUAAUUUUUAUACGUAGACAUGUAUUAUGUAUACUUACUCAUUUGUAUAAAAAAAACAUACACAAAUGGAAGUUUAUAGGUUCGAUUGUAAUAGCAGUUUAAAUAUCAGUUUUAAACGUGUAUAUACUUUUUUAAAAGUGUAAUAAUACUCUAUACAUCUCCCAAAUUAUGAAAGGAAAUUAAUACAUUGGAAUGUAUACGAAAGGUACGCGUUAGUUUUAUGUAAGAUGAUGAUUUCUACUAAACAUACCAUCCUUCAAACUGGCUGUCUUUAUAAUGUGUUAGCUAAAAAUAUUGAAGACCUGAUUUCACAGAUCUUGAUGUUUUUGGGCUCUUUCAACUCAGAAUCACUAGUAUAUUCAAUCAGGAUUCUGAAUUAAUUUAUAUAUAUCAUGGCAUUAGUAGUUUAAUGUCUAACUCGAAAUAAAAUUGGCUUGCUAGUCAAUCUGCAUAUUUGUACGCAACUAUAGGCUUAGCACGAGGACGCCGCGCAAUAUCUGGCGUGCGAGCUAUACUAGAGAAGGACCCUGCUAUCUCUGCAUAGCGUUUAAGUGUGGCAUGCCAUCAUUAAUGUCAAUUUUUUAUGAAAAUAUGACGUUUAUAAUGACACUCCUUCACUUGGUUCCGUUAAAGUCGGUCGGUGCAAAGUUAGCUUGGACGGACGGACUACCCUUCUUUUUCCCAUUGUCUUAAUUCGAAAGGGCCAAGUAGAUAGUCUAUCGCGCGGGCUUGAAACUCGCGGCGCACUCGGUCUAAGCUUACUGAACUGUUUUCAUAGUUUAUAUACGUAUUAAAAUAAGAACAGAGUUACAUAUUAGGCACCUAGUGUCCGUACCCAGUGGCGGCGUUAGACUAAAAUUGAAUGUAGCCAAGGUACAUUUUGCGAGGCCCUCUGGUGGCCAAAUUGUGCAUAAACCAUGUGGCCUACGUCGCCUAUACGCCUAACACCGCCCCUGUCCGUAUUACCUAACAAUUAUAAUUGUUUUUUCUACAACAAUUCGCGUCAGUAUCUUUUUCUCACUACUAAUUAGAGAGGGACGGGUAGUCUUUUUCGCGCUGCUUAUGUUACUCAUAGGCAUCUGCUACGAUACUUAAGCAUCUGAAGAAAAGUAUAAAGGAAAUUUAAAAGAGUAACCGAAAAUACGCAUCCGAUUUUUUUUCGAUUGCGACACUAAUUGUGCAUUGUCUCCUAUUUUAACUUCCAGUGAGCUCGCUAGAUGGCGUUGGACUAUAAAUCUAAGCCUAGACAAAGUCGCGUCAUUUGAAGAGGCAUUCCACAAUCUCUCUCAGAUGUCCUUAGAUUUUUUAUUAAUUUACUGCUCUCUGGUAUGAGUAACGGCAGCCGGGGCGAUUGCAACCAUGGAACAUACGCAUAUGUGACGUUUUUAACCAAAAGGGUACUUAUCUUCGGUUGUCAAUAAGGCGCCUUCUCCAUGUAGGCCUUUAAGUGCCAAGCGCCUCAUUUCCAAUACAAAAUGAAGACAUACGUGUUCUGGCAAUGAAUGUGUUUGAAAUCUAACAUAUCGACAACCUGUCAAUGUGGCAAUUGUGGCACCUUUAGGUUGUAAAUGGCACAUUUGUGCAUCCAGAGUCGGAGACCAAGAUGGCAGCGAUUUUGACAGCUCACACAGCGUGUCUGCCUCUAUAUAAUCUUAAGACUAAUGUACCGUUAAGCCACCUAACUGUAACUAUAAUCCAAAGUUUAACACGUUAAGCAACCUUUUUGGCGUUGCCCAAGUUUUAUGAAAAUGUUGAGCCUCAGUACUGCGGCAUUCAAAUCACAGCUACCUGCUAGCAUGAGUUGCGUUCUCGCCAGCGACUCCAUACAUCUGGCGCGACUUCAAGUAUGGACUCGCGCGCGAGAACGCAACUCAUGCUAGCCGGUCUGAACGAAGAUAAUUUGAGUUAGUUUUGGAUUAUUGUUAGUAAUGUAGUAAUAAAUAUAGGCAGCUACUUAUAAGUGUCAUAGUUGCAAUUGCCUCGUUUAGUAAUUUUGAUUUAGCAUACUAAUGUAGACAGCCCGUAAUUUCCUUGAAAUAGUUAAAAUAAACAAUAAAUAUAUAUUAUAAAUGUGAAAUGCAACUCUAUUAUUAUGGUGUUGUACAGUUAUGUACUAGGACUUUCUAAGAUAUUGUCAAAAUAUUUUUAUAUACAGAGGUAGAACUUUUUAUUUACGUUAUAACUAAAAUACUUAUGAAAGAGACUUUAUGCAAUUAUUGACAAGAUUUGAGUUAUUAGUUCUGUGCGGCAUGACAGAUUAUGAUUUGAAAUUUUGAAUAUUAGGUUAAGUAAAUAAAUAGAUAUAAGAGUAGAAGUUUUGUAAUUUUGUUCGAAAAUAAAUUCCUAUAUUUAUGAAUAAUGUACAA